CCUCUUCCCGAUUUCAUCACUCACUUUAACCUCAUUGUUUUGUACAAUAUUGUACGAACCAUUUCUUUGAUUGAAUACAUUUGUAAAUUGCCAGCAAACUAUGGCAGACCAAGCCGAUGUGACUAUGCAGAAUGGGGCCGAAGGGCCCCCAAAAACAGCCAAACAACUAGAAAAGGAAGCGAAGAAACAGGCAAAACUGGAUAAGCUGAAGCAAAAGUUGGAUAAACAGCAACAGAAAGCCCCAGCGAAACAGGAAGUUGAGAAGAAGGACAAGAAAAAGGAAGUGAAAGGGGCAGCAUUGUAUGAUGUGGACACUCCUGAGGGGGCCAAGAAGGACGUCAGCAAGGGACUGCCUGAUGCCUUCAGCCCCAAAUAUGUGGAGGCUGCGUGGUAUCCCUGGUGGGAGAAGCAGGGCUUUUUCAAGCCGGAAUAUGGGAGAAAAAACAUCUCGGACGCAAGAAAAAAGUUCACCAUUGUGAUUCCUCCUCCAAAUGUGACCGGCUCAUUGCAUUUGGGGCAUGCUUUAACCAAUGCCAUUCAAGAUAGCAUUGUAAGAUGGAAAAGAAUGAGCGGUUACAUGGCAUUGUGGAAUCCUGGAUGUGAUCAUGCUGGCAUUGCAACGCAAGUUGUGGUUGAAAAGAAACUUUGGCGCGAAGAAGCGAAAACCCGACACGAUAUUGGCCGCGACAAUUUUGUGAAGAAAGUGUGGGACUGGAAGAAUGAAAAAGGCCAUCGCAUUUACCAUCAACUGAAGAAACUGGGCUCUUCAUUUGACUGGGAUAGAGCCGUCUUUACCAUGGAUCCGAAGAUGUGCAAAGCUGUAACUGAAGCUUUCAUUCGGCUACAUGAGGAUGGAACCAUUUACCGCGCUAACCGGCUUGUGAAUUGGUCUUGUUCGCUGAAGUCCGCUAUAUCGGAUAUCGAGGUGGAUAAAGUCGAGCUUCCCGGUCGUACAUUUAUUUCGGUGCCAGGAUAUGAGGAGAAAAUCGAGUUUGGAGUGCUGGUUCAUUUCGCCUAUCAAGUGGAGGGUACAAGCGAAAAGCUGGUAGUGGCCACUACGCGAAUUGAGACUAUGCUAGGCGAUACUGCAAUAGCUGUCCACCCUAAAGAUGAAAGAUACAAGCACUUGCAUGGGAAGUUUGCCAUCCAUCCUUUCUGCGCUCGGAAGUUGCCGAUCAUAGUGGAUGACUUCGUGGAACUGGAUUUCGGCACUGGCGUGGUAAAAAUUACACCGGCUCACGACCCGAAUGAUUACGAAGUGGGAAAACGGCACAACCUGCCCUUUAUAACCAUUUUCGAUGAUGAAGGCAAUAUUGCUGGAGACUAUGGAACAUUCACGGGAAUGAAAAGAUUCCACGCUCGCAAGAAAAUCACCGAGGAGCUGACUAAACUGGGCUUGUACAUGGAAACCAAAGACAAUCCGAUGGUUGUGCCGAUUUGCAGCCGCAGCAAAGAUGUGGUUGAGCCAAUGCUGAAGCCACAAUGGUAUGUGAGCUGCUCAGAAAUGGCGACAAAAGCGGUCCAAGCGGUCGAAAAUAAGGAGCUCAGAAUCAUCCCCGAACAGCAAGUGAAAACCUGGAACCACUGGAUGGAAGGUAUACGCGAUUGGUGCAUUUCACGGCAGCUUUGGUGGGGUCACAGGAUUCCUGCCUACUUUGCUACAACCAAAAAUGGAAAGCCGCUCUCAGAGGUUGAAGACCAAAAUUGGGUGUCCGGCCAUUCCGAGGCAGAGGCGUUGCAGAAAGCCGCAAACAAGUUCAAUUUAGAACCUGAAGAGUUCCAAUUAACGCAGGACGAAGAUGUGUUGGAUACGUGGUUCUCCUCAGCCCUGUUCCCGUUUUCCAUCUUUGGCUGGCCUGAAGCCACCCAGGAUUUGAACGUGUUUUAUCCUACCAGCCUCUUGGAGACUGGGAACGACAUUCUGUUCUUCUGGGUAGCCAGGAUGGUGUUCAUGGGGCAAAAACUGCUAGGAAAAUUACCGUUCAAAGAUGUGUACUUGCAUCCUUUGAUUCGAGACGCGCACGGCCGUAAAAUGUCCAAAUCCUUGGGCAAUGUGGUGGAUCCCAUGGACGUUAUUGCGGGAAUAUCUUUGGACGACUUGCAUAAGCAAUUGUAUGACAGUAAUUUGGAUCCAAAGGAAAUCGACAAGGCAAAAGCGGGGCAAAAGCAGGAUUAUCCCAAUGGCAUUCCUGAAUGUGGAACGGAUGCGCUUCGAUUCGCUUUGUGUGCCAUGUCGUCUGGAAAGGACAUCAACUUGAACAUUCUAAGAAUCCAGGGCUAUCGAUUUUUCUGCAAUAAAAUCUGGAACGCUUCCCGCUUUGCGUUGACGUACUUUGCAGCAGACUUUGAGGUGCCGGCUGAUCAAGAGCUAACAGGCGAUGAAAGUCUGAUGGAUUUGUGGAUGUUGAGCCGAGCAGGGUCGGCCGUUCGAGAUGUGAUCAAUGGCUUUGAGGCCUUUGACUUGGUCUCAGCCACAACGGCCAUCUAUAAUUUGUGGCUGUACGAUCUUUGUGAUGUGUAUUUGGAAUUUCUGAAGCCAGUCUUUACUGGCGACGACGGGAAGGCCAAAAAAGCAGCUAUGAUCACUCUGUAUCGAACUCUGCACAUUGGGCUUCGAUUACUAGCGCCUUUUAUGCCCUUUAUCAGCGAAGAACUCUAUCAAAGGCUGCCUAGAAGCCGGGCUAUUGUGGAAACUGUGCCCAGUAUAUGUGUGGAAAGUUUCCCCGAGAAAGAAGCGAAUUAUGUGAAUGAACAAAUCGAGAAAGAAGUGGAUUUCGUCCAGAAAGUUGCCAAAGCCAUUCGGUCAGCCAGAAGCGACUAUAAUUUGCCCAACAAGACGAAAACUGAAGCUUAUCUGCAUUCGAAAGAUGCACCAACCAUUGAAAUAUUGAAGAAAUAUGCAUCAGCCCUCCAAACUUUGGCGUAUUGUUCGAAGACUGCAGUAGAUGGGGCUUCGCCCGAAGGUUGCACUAUUAUCACAGUGUCUGAUAAAUGCGAGGUGCAUCUUCUGUUGAAAGGACUAAUCGAUCCGGUGAAGGAGAUCCAGAAGAUUCAGACCAAGCUGGACUUUUUACAGUCAACUAAAAAGAAAUUGGAACAAGCAAUGAAUAUCGAAAAUUACGCAACGAAGGUGCCCCCUGAAGUGCAGCAGUCCAACUUGGAAAAAUUGUCCGAGACAACUAUUGAACUAGAGCGAUUAGACGCCGCACUUGGAGCUUUAAAACUGAUGUAAAUCAACUCAAUAGAAGCCAAUGCUGAAAGAAUUCCACUUCAGGUUUAUUAAUCUCUGCUUUCUAAUUUUUAUGUAUGAUUGAAAUUGUAUUUAUCAAAAACCGUACACAGUUUCCUGAUCUACAUCCUCGAAACCUCAGAUUUUAAUUAUAUGGACGAAUCAGUUUAAUAAAAGGAUUUUAUUUAAACACCA